AUGCAACAUGAAGUAAAAAGAGUGAAUUUGACAAAAGAACAACAAGAGCUAAAGUAUGAGAGGGAUCAACCAAAAAUCAAAUAUUACAGAGAUUUAACUGACUAUCUACUACAAUCGAAGAAAGAUCAUGUAUAUAAUGAGGAGAACUUCAAAUUGACUACCACAUUACUAAAUUUAAAUCCGGAGUUUUAUACGACAUGGAAUUAUAGAAGAGAGAUAAUUGAUAAUUAUUAUACACCAGAUAACAAGGAAAAGCUAAUACAAAUUUUGAAUGAUGAUCUCAAGUUUUUGAUGUCAUUACUAAAACGAUUUCCAAAAGUAUACUGGAUUUGGAAUCAUAGAAAAUGGUGUUUAUUUAAAUUAGUUGAAUUAAACUCAGUAAACUGGGAUUAUGAAUUUAAGACUAUAAGUAAAAUGUUAGAAUUAGAUCAAAGAAAUUUUCAUGGUUGGCAUUAUAGAAGAUUUAUUGUUGAAAAUUUAGAAGAAGAACAAAGUCAAAAAAAUGAAAUACUAAAACUAAACCUUGAAGAAUUUGAAUAUACCACCACCAAAAUUCAAAAUGAUUUUCUGAAUUUUUCAGCUUGGCAUAAUAGGACAAAAUUGAUACCAAAAAUCUUACAACUAAUGAAAGAAACCAAAGUAGAUAACGAGCUAUUUAAUGAUCCACAAAACAUUUUGAAUAAUGAUUUAGAAAUGAUUAAAACAGGAAUAUAUAUGAGUCCCGAGGAUAGCUCAGUUUGGUUAUAUCUAUAUUGGUUGUUAUCCGAUUCAAUCUUUGUAAAUUCAUUCAAAUCGAAAGAAGAUUAUGUACAGGUUUUACAAGAUCAGAUAUCUAUUAUUAAAGAAGUUAAUGAAUUGGAAAUUGAAGAUUCAAAUCAAGAUAAUAUAGGAUGUUUAAAAAGUUUAAUUUAUAUCAAAGCUAUUUUAAAUAAUUGUUUACAUGAGAAAUCUAUAAUUGACGAGGAUAUAAAGGAAAGUUUAAUCAAACUAAUCAAAUUAGAUCAAUUAAGAAAAGGUAAAUACCAAGAUCAAUUAAAUGGUAUUGUACCAAUACUUUAA